GAUAAGGGAGAAAGAAAUUAGCUAUCAUUAUGGUGGCCAUUUUAUAUUUUCCCCUACUAGAAAAUAUGUAGGUGGACAUUUAAAGAAAACAAAUAUUGAUGUUGAUUUCAUAUCUUUCUUUGAUUUGUUGGACGAGUUAAAAGAGCAUUGUAAUUUCAAUAUUUGUGAGGGAGACAAGUUCUUUUAUUUGAGAGGUGAUAAAAUUAUUAGUGAUUAUGAUGGGCUAGUUGAAUGUCAUGACGAUCAAGAUAUUAAGAACAUGCUUGUCAGUUAUAAAAUGCAUAAAGAAAGGCCUAUUGAGAUUUAUACACUGCUGAAAAAUGAUAUUUUUAUGAGUACUUCUCUUGGAGAAAAUAGUUCUAGGGGUAAUGAGUCUGAAAAGGUGAUGGAAGCAGAAGAACAUGAAUCAACAAAUUCAACAGGUAAUCAUUAUUUGUAUUGAUCUUAAUCACAUAUAUCGAUAUUUUUACUUGACGUUAUUUAUUUAAUCUUCUAGGUUCCAACGCUGUGAAAAGAAAACUAGAGGUCCUACACAGUGUGUAGAAAUAAUUAAUUUACAGGAGGGACAAAAACUAUCAGUAGAAUUUGAUGAGGAUCAUCAGGCAAUUGGUAAGAAUGCAAGCAAAUUAAUUUGAUUUUUGGGCCAAACAGUUAGAAGCCGAACUUGUUGCCCUUUAAAGGUAAAUAGUUGGAAAGAGAUUGAGCAAGAUAAGAUCAACCAUAUGUAGGACAUCGUUUUGGUACGAAAAACUAACAAGCUAAUAACUCUAUAAUAUUUUAUAAUUUCUUAUCGAUUAACAUUUACUAGAAUAUAUGAUCAUAAACUAUGAUGGUAUUUAUUUCUUACAGGAGAAGUUUAAUUUUGAUGUGUCUGAGGGAAGAAAAAGCGCAAUUCUUGGUAAAAUGAGUGACCUCUAUAGAGACUAUAGGUACAAGUUGAAGAAGAAGUAUUUUGAUUCAAAAGCAGGUUACCAACUUCGCCUACGCAACAAGCCUAAACUUGUUGCCGCAGAUGAAUGGAAAUAUUUGGUCAAUCUUUGGAGUGAUGCCGACUUUCAGAAGAAGAGUACGCAGAAUAAGACAAAUAGAUCGAAACGUUCCUUGCCACCAUAUAUUGGGACCAAAAGUUAUGCAAGACUAAGAUACGAAAUGAAGCAAAAAAAUGGAAAACCUCCUUCCCGUGUUGAAGUUUUUAUGGAAUCUCGCAAGAGAAAAAAAGGAAAACAAGUUUGAUGCUUUUCAACAAGAUGUUAUUGUAAUGUUGAUAUAUUCUCUUUUCUUUU